UGGAACAAGAGUUUGGGGUUCAAAUCCUGACCAGGGCAUAAAUCUAAUAAGAGUCUUUAGGAUGAAGCAUACCGGUUUGGACGCUGCCUGGAUUAAAAAGAACAUCAUGGGUAAUGCUGAGAGUGUGGUGGUGCAGAAGCGGCUGGCCCGUUUCCGUCCCGAGGAGCGACCUGUGGUCGAGGGGGUUUUUGACAAGCUCCAGGGUGCUGGGGCCACCGCAGGGAAGACCAUAACGCUGGAGAUGCUGCAGUCGUCAGUGGGCAGCGUGGCAACGGACUCCAUGGUGAGGAGGGUCUACCGGUGCAUGUCCAGCAUCGACCCUGGCCUGCCCUCUGGAGUCAGCCGAGAGCAGUUGAUCGUCUUCCUUGCAGACACCCUACGGGGAACUGCAGAAGAACGUGCCCCCCUCGUCAUGGCCAUGUCCCAGCAUGCGGCAGGGGCGGCAGCGGUUGUCACAUGUGAGCAGGUGGUGGAGUUCCUCCAGGACCUGGUCUCUGCUGUAGUUCAGAUUCUGGUCCACAGAGGACGCCUGCAGGGCUGGAAGCCAGAGAGGAUGGGUGACGUCUCCCUGGGUGUAAAACUCCUGGCAGAGCAGAUGUGCUCUGAGCUCAAACCAUCAGAUGAGGGGGCUUGUGAUGUUUCCUGUCUGGAAGACUGGAUCUUCAGGGUACAGCAGGUGUCACAGUACCUGGAGCUGCUGGUAGCUGAGGGACUGAGUGUGUCUUUGAGUGGCCGGCCAGCCCCGACGCUGCUGCCCCCCUGCAGGGAGACGCCUUGGAAUGAACUGAAGUGUCUACUGGACCUCCCCAGCCUCAUGUUUCUGGCUCCUCAGUUGCCAGAUGGCUACAGCGCCCCCUGGAGGCUUGUGUUUUCCACUCGGCUGCACGGGGAGAGCUUUACCAGGAUGGUGGCCGGCCUGAUGAAGCGAGGGCCCACCUUGCUGCUUAUCAGAGACACCAAGGGCCAUGUGUUUGGGGGCUUCGCCUCACACACCUGGGAGGUCAAACCUCAGUUUCAGGGUGACUCCAGAUGCUUCCUGUUCACUGUGAGCCCCAAACUGAGAGUUUAUACAGCAACAGGAUACAACCAACACUUCAUGUACCUCAAUCAGAACCAGCAGACCAUGCCCAACGGACUGGGGAUGGGCGGUCAGCACGGCUAUUUUGGCCUGUGGCUGGAUAGUGACUUUGGCCACGGUCAUAGCCGGGCACGACCCAAGUGCACCACGUAUGGCAGCCCUCAGCUCUCUGGAGACGAAGACUUUACCCUGGACUCCAUGGAAGUGUGGGCUGUGGGAAAACCCCCAGAGCCGGAGGAGGGUGAGGAGGGCAGAGGUAAGAAGAGCAUCCUGGAUGUGGAUCCAGAGGCCCAGGCCCUGAUGGAGAUCACAGGGAAGACCAUGCACAGUCAGGGCCUCAGAGAACCAGAGGAUGACCAGGAGUGACUGUAAACACACCCAGCUAUAUCGCUUCCAUUCAUGCCCCACCCCCCCAGUCUACCCAGUUACUAAUUCCUAAGUGGAUUUAAAGGGAGCUUAAAGGUGGUCUGCACAGUGUGGGUUGUCACCAGUGUGCAGGUUUCAGGCCUGCUUUACGUCAGCGAGAGCACAAUGGACGUGUUCACAUUUGAGCUGCACUCAUGUGAAUUCAUUUCAUCACUAAUAAAAAACACAAAGUGAAGAAUCAGAGACGUAGCUUGGAGGAAUAAUUCAGGGUAUUUACAACACUGGCUAUCACAGCUUCUUUUUCCUUCCGAUAAAGUUCACAAAGACAAGAAACAGAACCUUUGAUUACCUGUUUUACAAACUGGACACAUACCUAGAUUUAUUAUUCGUUACCAGUUAGCACAAAGUCCAAAUCCUGAGCUGGAUUCUGGGCAGAUAAGCAGUAAUUAACAGAUUAAGACAAAUAAACAAAGACUGUGGAAUGCUGUAUCACAGCAGGCCUGUAACGCCUGUGCAGAUGAGAUACUGUGAAUUUCAUCUUUUAAGUCACGUGUGAUUUUAUGGUUCAGUGUCUUAGACUGAUGAGCGGGUCUGUGGUUGAUAAGCAAGAGGAUCAAUAAAUCUCUAUUUACUCUGUAAUCUAAUCUGUAUUAUAUUACUUAUAAAGUGAAAUAUUUCAAGCCUU